ACAUUUUACAUUAUUUUUAUGUUAUUUAUCUUAAUAUCAUUUAUUGCUAUUACAAAUUUACAAUGGUGAAUUGUAAUAAAAGGGAAGACGAUAAAACAACGACACUGAUAGGAUUGGCCUGUAAACAGACUACGAAAUGUUCAAGCUUAUGUUUUUGUCGUAACUUUGAACAAGAAUUAUUUCAAAGUGAUCAUGAAAAGUUCUUUGGAGCAUAUAGAAUGUGGCCUGAGCAAUUCAAUUUGCUAGUAAAUUUGCUUCAUCCUCAUUUUAAGAAGAACAUCUUCAAACCUUCUCUUCCUACAGAGCUACGCCUAGCUGUCACUUUGUUGUACUUAUCUCAGGGUGAUAACGCUAAGUUAAAACACGCAAAAUUUGGAAUAGGCAAGAUAACUGUUCAUAAAAUAGUGAAUGAGACUUGUUGGGCAAUUUGGACAACUUUACAGCCAAUUGUUUUAAAACCUCCUAGUAAAGAGGACUGGAUAUCCAUCAGUGAAGAUUUCAUGAAAAAGUGGCAGUUUCCAAACUGUCUAGGAGCAUUAGAUGGGCGUUAUAUGACAAUUCAGGCCCUGCCUAAUUCUGGAUCAGCAUUCUACAAUUACAAACAAUGGCUGCGUUCAGCAGAAAAACCCCAAUUUUUCAAUAUGAUAUUACUUGCUAUUUGCGAUGCAACAUAUAAGUUUACAUGGAUCAAUAUUGGACAACGUGGUUCUACAAAUGAUGGAGUAUGGGCAAAUACUAACCUUGAAAGUUAUUUGGUUGCAGGCGAUUUACUCUUGCCAGAUCCCACUUUACUUCCAGGGACAAAUACUCCUUUUCCCUUUGUUUUUAUCGGUGAUGAAACUUUUCCUCUAUCGAUACAUAUGAUGCGGCCCUAUCCUAACGAAAAGCUGACUGAUGAUAUGAGGAUCUUUAAUUAUCGCUUAUCACGUGUACGACGCACAAUAGAGAAUACUUUUGGAAUUUUGACUGCGCGAUGGCGUAUCUUACACAAACCUCUUUACAUGUCAAUAACCAACUGCGAAAAUGUGUUGAAAGCCCUCGUCUGCCUACACAAUUUUAUUAUGCUUGGGGAAGAACAUGAACCUAUAAACAAUCGUCAGUAUUGUACAACAGAUUUAAUUGAUAUUGAGGAAGAUGGUGAUAUUAGGAAAGGUCAAUGGAGGCAGCAAUAUUCCCCACAUUUUAUUGAACUAAGUCAAAUGGAUGCUAAUCAUUCUACAGCGGAUACAGAUUCUAUAGCAAAGGAAAUGAGAAAUACUCUUAAAGAAUACUUUAUUUCUUCAACUGAUAAAGCUCAGGCUCUAUAG